UCCGCGCUGUGGAAAGGACGACAAGGUGUACGCCGUCUCCACGAUGAUGUUCGACCAUUCGCUGGCGACGCCGCUGGGCCUCGGCAGGAAGCCCUCCAGGGUGGAGACAGCCAAGAGAUACUGGAGGGAGUUGGUGGGCAGCAACCCGCCGCAGAGGAACUGGAAGGGAAUAGCGAUCGCCCUCCUUGUUAUUCUGGUCAUCUGCUCGCUGAUCGUCACCUCCGUCAUCCUGUUGACACCAGGCGAAGAUGACCGUCUAGCUCUCAAGGGCAAAGUGAGCGUGGAGGACCUUUUCAGAAAAGAUUUCAGGGUCCACGACCCCAACGCUCGAUGGAUCAGCAAUAAUGAGCUGCUGUACCGCGACCGUGACGGCAACGUGGUCCUCCUGGACGUGGACAACCACGACAAGACCGUACUGGUGCACCACAAGAAGUUUGAGAUGUACAAAGCCAGCAAGUAUGAGGUGUCCCCUGACAUGAAGCAUGUGCUGCUGGCCUAUAACGUAGCGCCGGUGUACCAGUACUCCUUCACGGCCUUCUACAUCAUCUGCAGCCUGGAGACGCCGGAGACGGUGAACUUGAACCCGCCCGAGGUACGCAACGCUCAGCUGCAGUACGCCGGCUGGGGACCGCAGGGCCAACAACUGAUCUUCAUUUUCGAGAACAACAUCUACUAUCGCUCGACGGUGGAGAGCCGCUCCAUCCGUCUGGUCUCCUCCGGGAAGGAGGGCGUCGUCUUCAAUGGCCUCGGCGAUUGGCUCUACGAAGAGGAGAUUUUCCGCUCCCACGUGGCCCACUGGUGGUCUCCGGAUGGCGCUCGGCUGGCGUACGCCACCAUCAACGACACCUUGGUGCCCAAAAUGGAGCUGCCCAUGUUCACCGGAAUGCCCUACCCGACGGGCAAGGAGUACCACUACCCCAAGGCGGGCGAGGAGAACCCGACGAUCACCUUGUACGUGGUCAACCUGAACGGGCCUCUUCACACUAUCGAGAUGAGGAGACCUGACGACCCCCGACUGAGUGAGUUCUACGUGACCAUGGUCAAGUGGGCCACCGCCACCAAACUGGCGGUCAACUGGCUUAACCGAGCGCAGAACAUCUCCGUGCUGACGCUGUGCCAGGCCACCACGGGGGUCUGCACCAAGAAACACGAGGAUGAAAGCGAUGGAUGGCUUUACCGGCAGAACGAGGUGCCUCUCUUCUCUAAAGAUGGCCUCAAGUUGUUCUUCACCAGGGCUAUCCCGCAAGGCGGCCGUGGAAAGUUCUUCCACAUUUCCAUGUCCAUCUCGCAGCCGAACACCAGCGCCGACACCCUGCAGUCCAUCACGUCUGGUGACUGGGACGUCACCGAAGUCUUGGCCUACGAUGAGCAAAGCCAGCGCAUAUACUUCCUGAGUACAGAAGAUGGGCCAAAACGUCGUCAUCUUUACAGCGCCGACACCUUCGGGUCGUUCAACCGUCGCUGCCUGUCGUGCGGGCUGCCCGACGCGUGCGGCUACGUCGCCGGCUCCUUCUGCCACAACAUGAGCUACUUCCUUCUCCACUGCCAAGGUCCGGAUGUGCCGUUCGUGUCCAUUUACAAGACUCAGACGGAUCGCAUAGAGGUGGAUGCCCAUGUCGAUGGGGAGACGCGGGACAGACCCAGUAUGAUGGAGGUGUACAAAGUGGAGAGCAACCAGCCGCUGAGGCGGACGCUGGACAACAUGCAGACGCCCAUCGCAGAGUUCCGGGAUUUCGGCGUUGACGACUACACGUUAGCCAUGCAGAUCCUCAAACCUGCCGGCUUUGUGGAGUCGGCCAGCUAUCCUCUCGUGCUGCUCAUCGACAGCACCCCUGGUGGCCAGAGCGUGUCAGAGCGCUUCCGCCUGGACUGGGCUACGGUGCUGGUGAGCAGCUUCGGCGUGGUGGCGGCGCGCUGCGACGGGCGGGGCGGCGGCUUCCGGGGCACCGACCUGCUGCAGCGCAUCCAGAAGCGGCCCGGCGCCCUGGAGGAGCUGGAUCAGCGGCAGGCCAUCAACAUCAUUUUGAAGGAGCCCUAUAUCGACAAGACCCGAGUGGGAGUCUUCGGACAGGAGUACGGCGGUUACGUCACUAGCUUGUUGCUAAGCGGCGACCUAUCUCCUGCCAGAUGUGGCGCUGUCCUCUCACCUAUCACAGACUUUGAAUUAUACGCUUCCGCCUUUUCCGAGCGCUACCUGGGGAUGCCCAAACCCGACCCUCGCGCUUAUGCGAUGGCCAACCUGGCGCACCGAGCGGCUCAGUUCCUGGACAAGAAGUUCCUCAUCAUCCAUCCGACGGCGGACGAAAAGGUUCACUUCCAGCAUUCGGCCAAACUUAUUGCUCAGCUCAUCCACGAAAAGGCCAACUACACCUUACAGAUCUACCCGGACGAGGGCCACUUCAUCCGCAACGAGGCCACUCGGCAGCACCUCAGCCAAUCGCUGGUCAACUUCUUCGAGGAGUGCUUCAGACUACCCGAGCACCUUUUGGACGAGGAGCUGGACGACGACGACGAAGACGAGGGUUGGGGUUAGCCCGGACCGCACCCGGACCGUCCCCCCCUCGCUCCUUGCACGCCCCUAAAAAAACGACGAGUCCUGGGUUUUACGCAUCUACGUGGACCUCGCGCCGGCCUUGAGACUGCCUCCGAAGCAGUCGAGGAUCACCUCCAUCUCUCAACUUGGUCACUUUGUCCGCGGAAGCCCAAACUGUUCCCAGAGACACACUCCGGAAUAUUCCGAUGGACGAGCUCACACGUGGACUUGACGCUCGCAGAAGGGGACGCGUCAAAUCUUGUAUUAUAUUGAAGUGAUGAAACUGCAUUUUAUGGGACUUGGGUGGGAAUUUUCUAAAGUUGUGAUGAACUUGUUGCACUGUGUUCUCUAAUUUUUCUUUUGUUGUCGAUUGUUCACGAUGUUUGUAAAAUAGCACACAAGAUAAAAUGUUUCCACCGUGUAAUCGUGAAAUGGUUGGGGAAGAUGACAUUUCCUCACUUUUGUCACCAUACUGCCUUAGUUUGUCACAAAGACAUUUAUGUAGGUCACAAUGCAUUCAUGAGCAAGCGCACUUCAUAAAGCUAUCUUGAAUCCUUAAAAUGUUACUGGUGAUAUUUCUGGAAUGAUUGUUCUGAUAAUUGGAGAGGUUUUUUAGUUUUUUUUUUUUUCCUCAACCGUGUCAGUGAAUAUGGGCUACAUGAGCACAAAGCUAACGUGUACUGUACAGAGUUAGUAAACAAAGGUCAAGGCAAGGAGCCCUUCCUGCCAAUAGUGUUGAGUUAAAGUUAAAUUCACAAGCGUCAUGUUCUUUCCACCUGUUUCUUUUCAUUCAUUACAUAUUAAUAAUAUUGCCGCACUGUCUGUUUGACAUCUUGAAUGUUCCUUCACGGAAACCAUUAAUUCUAUUUCCACGUUGUCAGAUGAGCCUCUCUGCCAUGUAAAUGUUACUCAAAGAAAGACCA